AUGUUUGACCUCGUGGAAAAGCUGAGGGGAGUGAGCUGCCACGAAGGUGUUGGAAAGAACAACCAGAAGGGUUUCAAAUACAUCCAGGCGGUGCGCAUUGGGGACCGCAUUGAAUGUUCCGGUCAAGGUGGCUGGGAUCCUACCACGGGCGUCUUCUACAGAGACAUCAACGCGCAGGUUGACCAAUCGUUCAAGAAUGUCGAGCCGAAUCUGCAGAAUGCCGGCGGAAAAGGGUGGGAACAGGUCUUUCGCGUCAAUUCGUACCAUGUUCCUAUCUUUGCUCACUGCUGA